UCCAUGGCCAACUUAUUGAUAACUUUGAUAGUAGCAUUUCCUAGGCACAGUUCAUUAUUUUUUAUAAAACUUCCUUUUUUGUAACAAUGUAUUUCAAAAUAUUCAAUUCAGUAUUUUCUCAUAAAGGCAAAGUCUUAUCUAAACUGUUUUUUAAGUCCCAUGUAAUCCGAAACUUUAGCCAAGAAACAUUUUCUACAGGUUUAGCAAACACGACCAGACCUUUAAACGCGUAUAUGUUUCAUUACACAAAUUUAAAAUUACCACAAGAUAAAAUAUUAGCUACGUAUGUUUGGAUUGAUGGAAGUGGUAUCAACAUGCGUUGUAAAGAUCGUGUUUUAGAUAAAGUUCCUUGUGAUUUAAAUAUGGUUCCGAAAUGGGCAUUUGAUGGAAGUUCAACCGGACAGGCAAGAACUGAAGACUCAGAUACCAUAUUAUUACCAGUCGCUUUAUAUAAAGAUCCAAUUAGAAAAUGUCCACACGUUAUUGUUUUAUGUGAAACGUAUUAUGGUGAUGGCACUCCUACACCAACAAAUCACAGAGCUCAUUGUGCAAAAAUAUUGAGCAAACUAUCAGAUCAGGAGCCAUGGUUUGGAAUAGAACAAGAGUAUACCAUGUUUGAUGCAGAUUUAUGGCCCUUGGGUUGGCCAAAAGUACGUGGAUAUCCCUAUAUAAAAUCUAAAUAUUCGUACUGCGGCAUGGGUGAACAUGUUGCUGGAAGAGAAUUGGCUGAAUGUCACGCUAGAGCAUGCCUUUAUGCAGGUAUGGACUAUGGUGGGUCCAAUGCAGAAGUUAUGAAGGGGUCCUGGGAAUACCAAGUGGGGACAUCAGUCGGAAUUAAAGCUGCAGAUGACUUAUGGCUAGGACGAUACUUGUUAGGGAGGAUCGCUGAACAUUUUGGAAUAAUAAUAAGUUAUCAUCCUAAGCCUAUGGGUAAGAAUCAGCCAGGAGUUGGGUGUCAUCAUAACUUUAGCACAAAAAAAAUGCGUGAUAAAGGAGGUAUUACGGAAAUUGAAAGAGUGUGUAAGGAGUUAUGUCCUAAGCAUGGUGAAUACAUGAAACAAUACGGUCUCGGAGACGGUCAAGAAAAUCGGAAAAGAUUAACUGGGAAAUUUGAAACUGCUUCUUUUGAUGUUUGUAAAUGGGCCAUUGCUGAUCGUACCGCUUCGAUUAGGUUGCAAAGAAGUGUGAAGACUAAAAAAAAAGGUUUCCUUGAAGAUCGCCGGCCUGCAGGUGACUGUGAUCCAUACAGAGUCUGCGCUCUUAUUGCAGAAACAUGUGUCUGAGCCAUAAUUAUGUAAUUUCUACAUGUUUCAGUAUUAAUUAAAUUUUUGUGUUUACUCGUUGUAAUAACUAAA